AUGGGUGUUCAUUCAUAUUGGGAAAUUGUUGGUCCUACUGCAAGGCCAGUAAGGUUAGAAUCUCUGCAAGAUAGGAGAAUGGCAAUAGAUGCUUCAAUUUGGAUAUACCAGUUUUUGAAGGCUAUUAGGGAUCCUGAAGGAAAUGCUUUAAAAAACUCGCAUAUAUUAGGUUUCUUUAGAAGGAUUUGCAAAUUAUUAUACUUCGGAAUCAAACCAGUCUUCGUAUUUGAUGGCGGAGUACCCUUACUUAAACGUAAUACAAUAAAAGCUAGGAAAGAGAUACGGCAAGGUAAAAGAGAUAGUGCAAAAAGAACAGCAAGGAAACUCCUGGCUCUACAGUUACAUAAAGGCAGGGAAUACAUCAAGAAGGGAUCACAAAAUAGUACUAGUACUAUAUCAUUCAGGCCAGAAGAUGAUUGGGAUUUGCCCGAGAUUGAAGGUUUCUUAUAUAGUGUGAAAGAUCAAAGGAUUAAUCCUGAUUAUGAAAAAGAGAGAAAGCAAAAACUUUUAUCAAGUUCAAAAAUUGAGGAAGCUAUUGAUGAUUUGGACCUGGAAUCGAUUAAUCCAACCUCCAAAGAGUUCACUGAAUUACCAAAGGCAGUGCAAUAUCAAAUAUUGGCACAAUUAAGACUUAAAUCUAGACUUAGGAUGGGUUAUAGUAAAGAACAACUGCAACAAGUUUUUCCUAAUAGUAUGGAUUUCUCCAAGUUUCAAAUAGAUAUGGUGAAGAGAAGAAACUUUUACACUCAAAAGCUGAUUAAUGUGACUGGUAUUCAUGAUGGGGGUGCUUCAAAGCUAGAUGAUGAAAUUAUCGACAGGAUUUCUGGUCAACGCCAAAGAGAAUAUAAACUUACGAAGACAGAUAAUGGUUGGAUUUUAGGUUUGGGAGAUAACGAUGGUUCUGAAAUAAAAAAGGCCAUUAUUGUAGACAACAAGGAUGUGAAUGACAAAAACAUAAAAGCCGCUAGUGAUAAGGAUGAGGAAGAUGAUUUUGGUUGGGAAGAAGUUGACUUGAAGCCAAAGAAGUCUACUAAGGAUACUUUUGAUUAUUCAUUGAAGGCGGGUAGGCUGCCACAAUUUGAGAAGUCUAUUGAUUAUUCAGGAAGCCAGGCCUUUUUAGACAGUAGACCAAACGAGGGAUCGCCAGUUAAGCGUGCAAGGGGUGAGAGCACUUUAAUUAAGCCGAUUAGAGUUACAGACAGUUAUCAAUUUGAGGAUAAUAAUAAGGAUGAUGAUUAUGAUGACGAAGAUGAUUAUUUAGAACACAUAAAUGAGCUCGAGUUGAUGGAAGCUGUCAAAAAAUCACAAUUAGAGGCAGCAGCUCUAAAAGGUAAUAUCGAUAAAGAUAACAACGUGGCUACUGUCGAUGAAAAGGCUAAAAUUGAUAGCAACAAAGAAGGAGGAGAAAACAUAGUGCGUACUCCUAUGAAUCUUUCAGUUGAUACCUCCUCUAAUGCGAACGGCUUUCCUUUAACAGAAGGACAACAGAAUUUGAAUUAUAUUGUCGGUAAGCUUCCUGAUCUUCAUGCCAAAGACUCACAAUCUUUUCUUUUCAAUAAUGUCCAAGAUGAGAAAGAAACAAGAAGUGGUACGUCCCAUAAGCCGGUUCCAGAACUUCCUGCAUGGUUUCAAUCAAAUGAACAGGACUCCACGUUAUUUUCGAAGAGUAACUUUGUAGCUGAUAGGGGUGAAGAACGUGAUUCUUUUCCUAAAGAAAAUCUGAGUGACAAUAAAGAAACAGAGCCUACAUACGCACUGUUAACGGGUAUCAAUGCACAAUAUUUGUUGGAUGAGCAGAAAAAAGAACUGGGAUCUACUGGUACAAAAGAAGAAACUGACGAUUUGAUAGAAACAUUUCCUCCAGUUGAGAAGGAAAUCACUGAGCUUGCUAAAAAAGACAAUGAAGAUUCAGUUGAUGAGAUGAAAAUAGAUGCCCAAGUCACACAAGAUAAGCCAUUGAUAUUCGAUUAUGAUUUUCCAGAAGAUGAAGAGCAAGGUUUAAUUGAAGACAUCCGUCGGGAAGAGGAAGAUUUCCGCAAGUUUAAGGCAAACGAAUUAAAUAAAGCAUCAAUAGAAUCCAAUAUGGAGCAUAAUAUAGCCGAUACUGCAUUCAUGGAAGAUGAACUGUUCGAACAACAGACAAAAGACAAGAGAGACUCUGAUGAAGUAACGAUGGAUAUGAUAACCGAUGUUCAAGAGUUACUUUCGAGAUUUGGGAUUCCUUUUGUUACUGCUCCAAUGGAAGCAGAAGCACAAUGUGCAGAAUUGAUAGCAUUGGGUCUUGUAGAUGGUAUUAUAACUGAUGAUAGUGAUGUCUUUUUGUUUGGGGGUACAAAAGUGUACAAGAAUUUAUUUCAAGAUAAAAAAUAUGUGGAGUUUUACAACUAUGAUACGAUAGAAAAAAGUUUGGGUAUAGAUAGAAAGAAAAUGAUAGAGUUAGCCCUUUUGUUGGGAAGUGAUUACACGACUGGUAUCAAAGGGAUGGGUCCUGUUUCCAGUAUGGAAAUUUUAGCGGAAUUUGAUGAUCUUAAGAAUUUCAAAGAAUGGUACAAUGAAGGGCAAUUUGAUAAGAAGAAGUUGGAAAGUCAAAAUAAAUUUCAAAAAGACUUGAGGAAAAGAUUAGUGAACAACGAGGUGACUCUCGAUGAUACUUUCCCAAGCGAAUUGGUUUUUGAUGCAUAUCUUCAUCCGGAAGUUGACCACGAUAGCACUCCCUUCGUUUGGGGCGACCCAGAUUUGGAUAUGCUUCGUACGUUUAUGAAAAUCCGUCUUAACUGGCCUCAAGAAAAGUCAGACGAAGCAUUAGUACCUCUUAUCAGAGAAAUCAAUGGCAGGAAGAAUCAAAAGAGACAGAAAACUCUAAAUGAAUUCUUCCCAAGUGAGUACAUUCAGGAAAACAGAAAGCUUAAUCUUGGUAAAAGAAUUACCACAGCUGCUGAUAAGCUGAAAAGGAGACGGCUAAAAUAA